AUGCGGAGUGACGUCACUGGCCGGACGCUGCCGCCCGGGACGUUUUCGGGCGAGGCUGGGCGAGAACAGGAAAAACAGGAAAAGCUCCAGGGCCAGGCUGAAAACUGCGGCUGUGUCACAUCUGGGAACCCCCGCCUCAGCUGGGGUCUCUCCUGGUUUCCAAGCCUGUAUUUUCUUUACAGGCACCCGUGGGAUACCGUGAUCAAAGCUGCUAUGAGGAAGUAUCCUAACCCAAUGAAUCCAUGUGUGGUGGGAGUCGAUGUGCUCGACAGAAGCCUGGACAGUCGGGGCCGUCUGCACAGUCACCGGCUGCUCAGUACGGAGUGGGGGCUGCCGAGCAUCGUGAGAGCGAUUUUAGGAACAAGUAGAACUCUGACUUACAUUGAGGAACAUUCUGUGGUAGAUCCAGUGGAAAAAAAGAUGGAGCUUUGCUCAACUAAUAUUACUCUCACAAAUUUGGUGUCUGUUGAUGAGAGAUUGGUUUACACGCCUCAUCCUGAAAACCCUGAGAAAACUGUGCUAACUCAAGAAGCAAUUAUUACUGUCAAAGGCAUUAGCUUGAGCAGUUACUUGGAAAGCUUAAUGGCAAGCACAAUAUCUUCUAAUGCCAGAAAAGGUCGAGAUGCCCUGGAAUGGGUGAUCAGCAAAUUAAACACAGAAUUGGAGGAGCUCAAGUCAACGCGCGAAAACAUGAAAUCGGCCAUGGCAGCAGCAUCAACAAAAAACUGAAGACAAAAAGUACCAGGAGCUGACACAGAAGUCUCAUUCUGCAAACU